UGUAUAUUAUUUUAGAGACGGAGAGUACAUUCUAAAAUCAAUUCAAGGCAAAUACACAAAAAUACACAUGUAAAGUGGCAUUACACGAAAUUUAUAUAGCAAGGUGAUCAAGAAAUUUCGCAUUUCACACACCGAAAUAAUAUAAGGCCAAAAACACAAGUAGGGACAAAUUUUCGCCCGCUUUCUCUCGCUGGUCGCUGCGACCCACCUCUGCGCCUCGGCGGAGCGCGCGCGCUGCACGGGGCAUGCCGGAGCUCCGCCUACCGAUAAUCGCCCCGGCAGCGGCCGGGUCCCGUCGCCAUUCCCGGAGGCUACGGCGCCGCUGCCGCCUAAUCCUCCUCCCUGUCCUCUCCCUCGCCCUCCUCUCCCUCGCCUACCUCUCCUUUUCUUCCCAUGCCAACCUCCCAAUCCACGCAAUGCAUCAUGGCCUAUCUAAUAAGGAGAACCUUUUGAAGUGGAAUGGUCAGGGAUACAGCCCUGAUGUUACAAAUAUCUCUAUGACUAAAGCUGAGUUGGAAACCCCCAAAAGUCGAAAGAAACCACACAAGCGCUAUGCACCAUGCGAAAUUCAGUUUUUGCCAUCAGUUGAUGAUCUUGUGGAGCCUGCUCACUAUGGGAAUUUUACACAGUUCUCUUUGAGCUAUAUAUUGAAGGAAAAAGUAUUGCUCGGUAAUGGCUUCUUCGAACCAGUAUUUGGUGGACACCAGAGUCUUGGGGAUAGAGAAGAGACAUACCAUGCUAAAGACCAAACCCUCCACUGCGGUUUUGUUAGAGGACCAGAUGAUUACCCUAGUACCGGAUUUGAUUUGGAUGAAAAUGAUAGAAGGUAUAUGGCUACCUGCCAUGUUGCUGUAUCAUCAUGUAUUUUUGGAAGCUCUGAUUACUUGAGGAGACCAACUAAAAGCAGGAUUGGCUCUUACGCUAAGAAGAAUGUGUGCUUCGUCAUGUUCAUGGAUGAGCUAACAAUGGCAACCCUUUCCUCUGAAGGACACAUGCCUGAUGGAAAUGGAUUCAUAGGCUUAUGGAGAAGUGUUGUAGUUAAGAACUUACCAUAUAAAGAUAUGCGAAGAGCUGGGAAGGUGCCAAAAUUUCUAGCUCAUCGACUCUUCCCAUCUGCCAUGUAUUCUAUAUGGUUGGAUAGCAAACUGCGCCUCCAUGCUGAUCCAAUGCUUAUCAUUGAGUAUUUCUUAUGGAGAAAGAAAGCAGAAUAUGCCAUCUCAAUGCACUAUGAUCGCUCUUGUGUAUGGGAGGAAGUACUCCAAAACAAGCGGCUGAACAAGUACAAUCAUACUGCUAUUGAUGAGCAAUUUCACUUUUACCGGUCUGAUGGUCUUGUCAAGUUUAAUAACUCUGGCCAACUGCCUGUUCUUCCAAGCUAUGUACCUGAAGGAUCAUUCAUUGUGCGUGCUCAUACACCAAUAUCUAACUUGUUUUCAUGCCUUUGGUUUAACGAAGUAAACCGUUUUACCUCACGUGAUCAAUUGAGUUUUACAUACACUUAUUUGAAGCUCAGGAGAACGAAUCCAGGGAAACCUUUUCACCUAAAUAUGUUUAAGGACUGCGAAAGAAGAGCGAUAGCUAAACUGUUCCAUCACCGAACUAACGAGACUACAGAUCCACCACCAGCUAAUCUUCGUUUGGACACGAUUCGUCAUUCAUACAAGGCUGAGACUGCCAUUUGAGGAUCAACAGCAAUGUGACUUCAAUUUACCGUGUGUACCAUUCAUCCAGCUCUUGCAUUCAGAGUACAUGUUGAUCUUCUCCUUGCUGCAUCCAAUCAUGCAGGACAGUCAGCCAAAGUGAUAUCGUCUUCUAUUGUUUAUAGAGGUCCAGAACAGCGCCAAUGUGCCUAAGAUGCUUGUUUGUAGAGAAGAGAAAUGAAGUAACGUUUUUCACAGCCGUUGGCAGUAGACAUGUAGAAAUGCCACUGGUCUCACUUCGUUAGAAAAUUCAUUUCGAGUGCAGCUUUGUAUUGUAAAAAUGUUCAUUGAACAAAUUGAAGUGUUAGAAUGAUGAUACUCCAUUCCAAAUUAUAAGAUGUUUUGACUUUUUUCUAAAUACAUUGUUUCUAUUAUAAACAAUGUAUAUCUAAAUAAAUAGCAAAAGCUAUGUAUUAGAAAAGCCAAAACGUCUUAAUUUGAAAUAGAGGGAGUUCCUUUUUAAGCUCAUCGAACGUGUACCAUUUUCUGGCUUUGUAAGCACAUAUCCGUAGAGUAACCUUUGCAUCUUUUAUUCAUAUAUUGUGCACUAUUGUUGUAUC